GUUCAGUUUGCAUGCAUCGUGCCGCUCAGUCGGUGCGCAACCUGACGUGGGGAAUGGUCAAAAUAGAGAGCGAGCGAGCGAGCCGUCAAGCACGAAGAAAAAAGCGAAGUGAAGCGGCUACCGAACCUUUCCCCGCCAACAGUGAUCUUUCGUGUGCGUAUUUUUCUUACAAGCAAAGUUUGUGAUAAGCAAUGAAACAAAAGUGAAGCAAUAGGUGGUUAAUAUGUAAGCCCCCUCGAGGGGGAGUUGCGUGUUCAGUGCGGCACACACGAAACACCGGAGUUCGCUUCCACCGUAGGCGCGCGCGCGUGUGCUUGUGUGUGUGCAUCCGAUGGGCAGACGAAUUCCAGCAUCCAGCUCGGUGUGUGUAUGCGUGCGAAAGGGACGAUCUGUCAAGCUGCUGCUCUCACGCAGUUCGAAACGCGUUCCCGUACCCUACCGUGGGUGACGAAACAAAAUCCGCUCGGGGUGGAAAAAUCUAUUGGGAGCCCAAAAAGUAGUGCGUAGAGUGUUGUGUGGUGUGUUGUGUGUAAAUAACAUUCACGAUCAAACAUCUCAACUUAAAAAGAAGCACAUGAACGUUCACCACCAUCAAACGCACACACGGACAAGUGACAGCAGCUUGUUGUCUCUGCAUCGUGUGUACAGGCAGCAGCAGCAUCAUUGACGAGUAGUAUCCAGUAGAAGAAAAAAAUACACACAGCUAUCAAAUGUGGUACGCACGACGAUAGCUACAUCCACACGGCGGACAAAUGCAACGAAUGAUAAUGCACACACUGUUCGGAGGUCAUAUGGCCUCUUGGUACAUGGGAGGAACGCAAAAGAUUGGAAAGCCAACCCUCGUGCCACCAACUACUGCUACCAAUAUCGUUAGCCAAUUUGGCGUGUACCUACCCGUCAGCAGCAGCGCACCAUUAGAAUAAGCACCGACACACCAACGUCAGGCAAUAGGGAAGCACUUAGCAUCAACAUAUAUUCCGACGGGCGGCACGCCGCGAUGCAGCGUCAUCGCAAGAAAGAUCGCACCGAACGGGCGCCACCAACCAUACAGAAGUAUCUGCAUGGGACGGCCGGUUCGCCCAUCGGCAACAGUGCACCGAGCCCGGGUACGAACGAGAACCUGUACCAAUCGUGCGUAGGCGGUAACGCGACCAAAACGGCGGCCUGCUGCCGGAAGGACGAUUUAAUGUUUCUCACCACGCCUGCACCGGGACCGGGCUCGUAUCCGGAAGAUGAUCCAGACUGCAUCGAGGUGUACAAGGAGCAGCAGCAGAAGCAUGAUGAACAGCGCCAUAAUGCGGGAUCACGCUUGCCGGAAAAAACGUUCGGCAAGUGGUGUGCACCGAACGCAAAUCAGCGCGCCCGCGAGGUAGGCAAUCUGCAUACACCACACGGUGACGCUCUGUUGCAUCAUCACCAGCACCAGGAACAGCAGCAACAGCAGCAACAACUACUAUCCUGCCAUCCGAACAUCUCGAGUGCCGGAAGCGCGGAGUAUUCGUACGCUUACUGUGAACCGAUGCUGCUGCAACGUCCUGCACCGACCGGUGAUGCUUCUUCCGCCGAGCAGCAACAGCUCCACACCCCAGUAUCCACACUCUCCUCGUCCGGUUCCUCCUACUGCGUGCCGGUAUACGCACAGCGACAUCAGCAGCAGCAGCAUCAUGGUGCACCAUCGUUGCCACUGCUGCAGCAGCAGCGACCCUUCCGGCAGCCGUCCGCCAUCCGCAACCCGUAUCAGUACACGUACGGACCGGCGCAAGGCAGUGCGGACGGUAGUAGCAGUGGCACCAACACCAUCACCACUGCGCUGCAUCAUCACCAUCAUCACCAUCACCACCACAGUAACUACACCCUACCAAAUGCGUCCAGCGGAAGCAGUAGCAGCACCACCACCACCACCACGACGCCGACGACAACAAGGACCGGUUCGUUGCGUGCCUUAUUUUCCAACAUAUUCCGCAAGUCCUCGGCGUCGUCAUCUGCCGGCCAUCCGUCCCUCGCGUCUGCCGCCCAUUCCGCCCCGUUUCUCGAGCUGGACGGUAGUGGAACGCUGCAGCGCAGCAGCUUCGGUGGUGGUGGCUCUGCCUCGCUGCUCGGUGCCGAACGGCACUCCUUCACCACGUGCUACGGCACGAAGGAAAACAUUUACGAGGACAUCGGUUCGCAAACCGGGCUGGGUACGGUGGGUGCGGAUGGAAAGGCGCGUGAUCAAUCCGUUGCCGUGUGCGGUUCCUCCUCGUCCACGGCGCCAACAGGUCCGCCACCACCACCACCACCACCACCAUUGCCGCCUAGUGGUGCCGGAUCACCGACCGGACCGUUGGUGGUGGUGGACGGCGGCAGUGCCCAGGACAGUAGUGUGGCGGCCGAGCGACGGCGCGUCCAGGUGCAGCACGAUCGCAUUAUCGGCGAGCUAAAUCUGUCCGUCGAGCGGCUCAUAAUGCCGUCGUGUGAUGAUGAAUCGGUGCAACCGCGCUACCAGGAGUAUGCGGCGGAGGCGCACAACGAUGACUGUCAGCAGUUGAUGAUGAUGGGACAGAAGCCGAGCUACUGUCUGUCGAGCGUUGCUACCGGUGGUGGUGGUGGUGGUGGUAGAAUGACCCCAUCGAUGGGUUUGCGGCUAAGCACAAAGCGUCACUUUCCGGCGGCGGCUGCUGGCACCAACACCACAACACCGGCAGCCACCUCCUCCUCAUCUCCACCACCGACGCUGGGCGUCGGUUCCGAGCGUCAUUCGCCGACGGUUUCGUACGGCAAGUCGUACGGCGAUGUGGAUAGUGGCAUUAGCAGCAGCAGCACGAGCGGUACCAGCUACUCGAGCAGCAUUCUCUACCGGAGCAUUACCAACUACCCGCAGCAGCAGCAGCAGCAGCAGCAGCAGGCUGGAGGUGGUGGUGGCGGCGGUCAUCAUCAUCAUCAUCAUCAUCAUCCGCAGCGAACCACCACCAAGCACAGUCUGUUCAAUCUGCAUCUCGGUUCGGUCGGCACAAACAGAGCCGCCACCUGUUGCCGUGGACCGAAGGAUGCGUCAAUUGCGUCCCGCCCGGAAGGUUUCGUGGGUCGCGUCGGUUCGACGAAUGCCGUCGUAACGAACGCACCGGAUCCUCCACCACCGCCAGACACCGGCCUGAUGUCGUACGCGUGUCCCACAUCGUCCGACGGUAGCUACGGUCCGAUAAUCGGACGCCUGCCCAACACAUCCGUAUCGUCGCAAACGCUCACCUCGUGCUGCUUCCUGUCCGAUCAUAAUCUUGCCGAGCGCGAUAUCGGCUCGCGCCCGUUCGCUGCCACCUUCGCCUACAACCACCACCAUCACCAGCAGCAACGCGGCGCACGUACCGCCUCCAACCACGCGACUGGUGGUGGCGGCAACUUUUGGGCCCGUUUCCGGAAGCUGCGCCUACCGAUCACCGGAACCGGCGGCAAGCUGUUCAGUGCGAGCAGCGAACGGCAGAUCGAUACCGAGCUGCAUCUGGAGGAUUUUACCGGCGAAUCGAUGUGGCCUGAACCGGGACCGCGCCCGGUAUAUCAUCACCAUCCGCCGCCGCUACGGUCGAUGCAGCAGCCGCCGCCGCCACCGCAUCAGCUCGCCCUGUUACCGCUCGAUGCACCACCACCACCGCACAUGCUGUCACCGUGCGGUCCCACGGCGGCCCCGUUGAACGGUAACUUGCCGCCCGCAACACAUCCACGCACCACCACCACCACCACCACACUGCUGCAUCCGUUCGUGGUGGCGACGGGCGGCGAAUCAACAACCACCGGACCACCGCCACGGGAUGAUGGCCGCGAUGAGGAGGAGGAGGAGGAGGAGGAGGAUGGUUCGGAGCAUCAUCCGCGGCAACGGUCCUGCUCACCGUCCACACCAUCCUCGGUUGCCUCGACCGGUACCUCGUCCGCAUCGUCGUCCUCCUCCUCCUCGUCCGUUUCGCCGUCCUCACCGAUGUCGCCCGGUUCGUCGUCUUCCUGCUCGUCCGGGGCAACAAAGCACAGUGGGGGCGGUAACGAAUCGCACGCCGUCUAGCAGCAGCAGCAGCAGCGACUCAUUGUUUCCGUCCACAGGAAAACGGUAUGCUCUUUUCGUCCAGAAUCAGAGGCGGAGGGGGGGGUGUCGAAGAAAACGAAAUCUCAGUUAACAUCCGCGCGGUAGUAACGUAAAUAACUGCGAAGAGGGUUAAUGCUGCUGAGGAACACCCGGAUAUGGAUGUCACAAUACCUCCGGGAGUUGACCGUAAACAGGGGAGCGCAUUUUGCAACACAGGGAUAAUGACUGCGUUUGCAGGAAGAAGAGCAUUAGAGAAGGAGGCCAAGAAUUUUAAUCACAUGUGUGUGUGUGUGUUGUUUGAGGUCAUUCCACAUUACUAGAAGCGAGCCAGGUGUGAAACAAUCGUGCCAACAAUUACUCCAGCAUUUUUUGUUUUUGUUUUUGGAGUCAUGUGUAGGAUCUGAAAAAAGGAAUCUGGAGGUUUAUUUGUAACGACGCAGUCCUCUCUGUAAUUAUGUACCGAGAAGAAGCUUUCCCUCUACACACACCACUACGUUUAACUGGCUUGGAAGUGGAGGUGCUUUUUUGGAUAAUUUUUGGAGUGGUGCUAGAGAGGGAGAGAGUGAUAAGAGCAAUGAACGAACUGUGUGUAAAAGCAAUUAAAACUACAAUUAGCGAAGCGAACAAGGAAGGAAGAAGAAAACAUCAACGAAUUCGAAUGAAAAAAGAAGAAGAAGAAAUAUGCAUAGAAAAAAAAUGGGAAAACACAUUACUGUGAUCUUGCGCAGCGUUUCGAAUUAAAAUACAGUUUUUUUCUUAUAAAUUUUCUAUUUGCCAGGAAGCGGAAAAGAGAGAGAGAGAGAAAGAGAGGUUUAUGAAAAAAAGAAAUGGAAUUUAUAUUUUUUCUUUAUUAUUUUUUUUUCCAAUAUUAUUACCAUACUUGCAAAUAAUAGGCAUUAUUUAGACGAAGCAUUGAGCAAAAGGUGUGUAAAAAAAAGGUGAAAAAGGGAAAAGCUGUUUUACAGGAAAAAAGUGGAAGGAAGAAAAUCGUUAAUAGAUUUUAGGGACGAGAAGAGCAAAAGGAGCAAACACCCCCGAGACGAGAGAGAAGGUAAGGGGGGGAAUGUUAAGCUUAAGGGGAAUAAUCGUGCAUUUCAAACACACACAAACACAUGACGACGUAUACAUGAUAGUAAACUAUGAGUUUUGAGAAAAUGAAUAUAUAUACAUAGAACGAGAGAGAACGAGAGAGAACAACUAGGGUUCAAAAACGAAAACAAUUUGCAGACUGAAGAAUAUUUGUAAAAAUAAAGAAUUAUAACAAAGCGAUGAACUAUAAAUAAAGACGAUAUUGUUGGGAGGAGUGUAUAUGUGUGUGUGUACACGACGCCGCCCCAGCAGCUACUUACAGGAA